AUGAACACAUCACACAUGAUGAGCGCAGACACUCCCUGUAAAAAGCUGGACGCUGACGGCAGCGAGCUUCAGUCCCUGAAGGAAAUGACCUUCAACCUACCGUCAUCACGUCACACGACCACGUACAUACGUAGCCGCAUGGGCACAACAGUAGUCCGCGCACCCGAGACGUUGAGGCGCAUCAACAGCCCCUUCAGGCGAGAGCUUCAGCGCAUCAGGGCGGCGGCUCGCUACGGCUCCGCACCGGUGUCAUCCAGCGGAGGAAUGGCCGUGCCGGAGCGUACCACAGCUGCGUCCGUGUUGAAGCCUUUCCAUUGCCACCUCUGCCCGAAGAGGUUUGCCCGCAAGCACGUGCUCGAGAACCACAUCCGGACGCACACAGGCGAGCGGCCAUUCAAAUGUCCAUCCUGUCUGAAGGACUUUGCGCGCAAGGACUACCUCAACUACCACAUCUAUGCAUGGCAGCACCACAUUGGCUACAUGUGCCCUCGGGAGUGUGUAGAUGACAUCCAUGGUGUUAGCAUCAUGACCACAGAUUUUCCUGCAGUGGUUGUGGCAGCAGUUGUGGCACAGUGCUAA